GUCAUUCUUUCUUUUCCCCGUUAUUGCAACGGGAACAGCGCACCCGGCCUCAACAUCAUGCUCAGCGGCCCGUUUGGCUGGAUCGCGUGAAGUUGAAACGCUUAAAACACAUUCGUUAGAGUAAGCUGUUGCUUGUCAUAAUUCAUUCGGUCACCCCAAACCCACCCAACGGGAAGCAGAACCUCCACAAGGGGGCAUAGAGGGUUAAUCGAGGGUAGUUACGGCCAAUUAUGUUUCGAAAAUUCGCUUCCCUCCUGGGCCAACGGCUCAUGGCCGUCUGUCUCCUGUGCUGGUGCGUUUCGCUAGCGACAGCCGCAAGCACAGAAGCAUGGAAGACGCGAUCCAUCUACCAGACAAUGACCGAUCGGUUUGCCCUCACCAACGGCUCGACCACCGCACCAUGCAAUACUACGGAAGCCAAUUACUGUGGCGGGUCUUGGCAGGGGACGAUCGAUAAGCUGGACUACAUCCAAGGCAUGGGGUUCGAUGCCAUCAUGAUCUCCCCUGUAAUUAAAAACAUUGCGGGGCGAUCUAAGGACGGGGAGGCCUACCAUGGGUACUGGCCUCUGGAUCUAUACGAGAUCAACUCUCAUUUCGGGACCCGGGAGGAACUUUUGAAACUGAGUGAGGAGAUCCACGCACGAGACAUGUACUUGCUGCUGGACGUCGUCAUCAACAAUAUGGCUUAUAUGACGGAUGGCGAGGAUCCCGCGACAACUAUUGACUACAAUGUCUUUCCUCAAUUCAAUGGAUCCUCAUACUUCCACCCCUACUGCCUCAUUACGAACUGGAAUAACUAUACGGAUGCCCAGUGGUGUCAGACUGGUGAUAACUACACCGCACUCCCGGAUCUCUACACAGAGCAUACUGCGGUGCAGGACAUCUUGAUGGAUUGGAGUAAAUCGGUUAUUACCAAUUACUCUGUUGACGGGCUACGAAUCGACGCUGCCAAGUCCCUCACUCCCAGCUUUCUGCCUACAUAUGCGGAAACCGUGGGCGGAUUUAUGACGGGCGAAGUCAUGGAUUCGAAUGCCACCAACGUAUGCAAAUAUCAGAGAAAUUACCUGCCAAGUCUUCCCAACUACCCCCUCUAUUACUCCAUGAUCACGGCCUUCUUGAACGGAGAGCCUGCGACCUUGCUUGAGGAAAUCGCAACCAUCAACGAUCUCUGCACGGAUACGUUCGCAAUGGUCAAUUUCAUCGAAGAUCAAGACGUGGACCGAUGGGCCUACAUGAAUGACGACAUUAUGCUAGCCAAAACCGCACUGACUUUCAUGAUGCUCUACGACGGCAUUCCCCUAGUCUACCAAGGUCUGGAGCAGGCCAUUGCCUAUUCCAAUCGAGCGGCCCUCUGGUUGACGGAUUUCGACACCAAUGCGACACUGUAUAAACACAUUGCGAAACUCAAUGCCAUCCGCAAACAUGCCAUCAACCUUGAUUCCAGUUACAUCAAUUCAAAAACAUACCCGAUUUACCAGGGAGGUAGCGAGUUGGCUUUCUGGAAGGGCACCUAUGGACGCCAAGUCAUCAUGGUCUUAUCUACGGCGGGCUCUAAUGGUUCGGCUUAUACUUUGACGCUACCUAUGAGCUAUGGGGCUAGCGAGGUGGUCACGGAAGUGCUGAACUGCGUCAACUAUACGGUCAACACCUACAGCCAAUUGGUCGUGGACAUGGACAAGGGCGAGCCUCGAGUCUUCUUUCCCGCUGCAAUGAUGCCGGGAAGUGGGCUGUGUGGCUACAAUACCUCCAAUAUAACCUAUUCUGAGCUGAGGCUUGCCGCUGUGGGUUCUUCAUCGUCGUCUGGUGGAAGUCACUCCGUCAUACCGCCUGCUUUUGCUUCGCUUUUCAUGGCGCUAGUGGCUUUUUUGGCAUUCCGGAUAUAAGUUAUGUCUUUUCUACUCAUUUUGAUACCAGCAAAUAACAUAAUGCCCUAUAAAUAUGUACACUUUUUUUGAGAGCGAGAAUUUUAUAUUUCGACAUUAAACACAAACACAUCCCUACUUAUACCCUGUCCUGCGAUGAUUACCUAUCAAGCAUUCAGAAGCACGGUCUCCUCAGUCCGCAUACCCGCCCACCUCCAACAAUUCUCCCACAAUUUCUCUUGUGCCUCACGAUCCUCACUGAUGGCCGCAGGUGCCACUUCCUUCGUC